AGGAAGAAAAAGAAAAAAAUCCACAUACGAGCAACAAUUGGGGGAGGAGCUAUUCCCACCUUGGAAGGACAAGGGCGGCUGCACUAAAUCGAGGCGAAUGAGGCCUUUGCCUCGUGAAGAAGAACUCUAUAUUGAGAGAAAAACUCUCUCUCUACGAUGAUGUAGAGAGCUUUUUCCUUGUCAGAGAGGAUUGGAGUUCAACUUUCUCUUUUAAUCAUUCUAAAAGAAAUUUAAAAAAAAUUAAAAUGAAAAAAAUUAAAAUGAAAAAAUAAUUCUCAUAAUCGGGCCCCACGCUAGCUACUUUUUUAUUUUGAAAGUGCUCCAAUCUUUCACAUGCUUGCAUUCAGAUCUGAUCCAAAGAACAAUUUGCAGAACCUAGGUUUUCUCGUACAACAGUUCGAAUUGGUAUUAUGGGUCGUGGAGUAAGCAGUGGUGGAGGUCAGAGUUCUUUGGGCUACCUUUUUGGAAGUGGUGAGGCUCCAAAACCCACUAAUAAUAACGUUGAAGCUCCUCCUCAAAACUUGGGACAGGUUGCAAGCAAUGGACCUGCUCAGAAGCCCGCUCCUGCUGCUGCACCUGUAGAUGCCAUCCAACAGACUCCAGCUGGUGUCCAAGCGAACACUACAAACAACUAUUUCCGUGCUGAUGGCCAGAACUGUGGCAACUUCCUCACUGAUCGGCCUACAACAAAGGUCCAUGCAGCUCCUGGUGGUGGGUCUUCACUGAACUACCUGUUUGGUGGUGACGGGAAAUGAGAUAUCAUAUCAUAGCUGCAUAGGGGCAGGAGGCAUUGCUCAAUUUGCUGUAGGGAUUUUCAAUUUCUGGACAAAUCAAUAUUCUAAUGUGUUAAAAGAUGGAAAGAAGUAUCUGUACUGGGUAACUUGGUAGUGAUGCAAGUUGGGCUUCAUAUUGCCUCUUGUAUAACUUCAAUUAUAUUAAGGUCUUAAUGCAUUGUGUGAACAAACUCCGUUAACCUUUUCAUGUCGAUACAUAUCAAUUAUAGCCCACUGCUUCGUAGUC